ACUGUAAACUGAAAUGAGACACCUGCCAUUCAAAUCCAAUCCUCUCAAGAACCACAAAACCGGUCCCAUCAAAAACCCAAAAAAUGUGUGCCGGUACUCCACCAGUAAUACCGUUGGCCAGUAAUGAGAGCCGUACUGGUCAUCGUUGGCUCCUCCAUCGUCGUCCCUCCAAAUUCAAACCCUAACCCUCAACACCACCGUUCACACAAACCCUCGCUUCCCACCACCACCUUUCUCUCUCCUCCCAAACCUUCUUCAUCAUCGUCGUCGGCCACUUCUCGCCCUCCUCUCCUCUCCACCGUUCGAUGGGACCUCGAUUCCCGCCGCCGAAGCCGGCUCAAGUACUACGCCGACCUCGCUUCCCGGCUCGCCGAGAACAAGAGGCUCGACGAGUUCUUGAUGAUUGCGGAGAGCGUCUUGGCUUCCGGCGUCGAGCCUUCCACAUUCGUCAGCUUGUUGAGCGUCGACGCUGUAUCGGCCGGGAUUGCGAAAUCCCUUGGACAUGGGAAGAUUUGGAGUGUAAUUGAGGUCUUGACUAGUGUUCGGAAUCUAGGGAUUCGGCCAGUUCAGUUGUUUGAUUAUUUCGCAAUGGAGGCGCUUGCGAACGAAUGUCUUCGGAUUGUGAGUUUCUUAGAAGUGCAAGAAGUUGUUGAUUUGAUGGAAACACUUGCAGGAUUUUGUUUCUCAAUCAAAAAAUUAGUGGAGCCAUCUGAUAUCAUUAAAAUUUGUGUCAACAAACGUAAGCCGAAUGAAUCCAUAAGGUAUGCAUGUAUUUUUCCUGAUGCACAUGUAAUGUUUUGUAACAUAAUUCAUGAAUUUGGGAAGAAACGUGAUUUGGUGUCUGCUUUGACCGUCUUCAAAGCAUCCAAGCAGAAGUUGAGUUCUCCCAAUAUGUAUGCCUACCGCACAGUUAUAGAUGUCUGUGGUCUUUGUGGUGACUACUUAAAAUCUAGGUCCAUUUAUAAGGAAUUACUCGCACAAAACAUCACACCAAAUAUAUAUGUUUUCAACAGUCUCAUGAAUGUAAAUUCCCAUGAUUUGGGCUACACAUUGAAUGUCUACAAGCAUAUGCAAGAUCUAGGCGUUGCACCCGAUAUGGCUUCCUACAAUAUCCUCUUGAAGUCAUGCUGUCUUGCGUCAAGAGUGGAUUUAGCGCAAGACAUUUAUAGGGAGGUACAACAUUUGGAAUCAGCCGGGGCACUGAAAUUGGAUGUUUUCACAUACAGCACAAUUAUUAAGGUUUUCGCAGAUGCAAAGUUGUGGCAAAUGGCACUAAAAAUCAAAGAAGAUAUGCUAUCGGCUGCUGUUACUCCAAAUACGGUGACAUGGUCAUCAUUGAUCAGUUCAUGUGCCAAUGCAGGUCUUGUAGAGCAGGCAAUGCAACUAUUUGAAGAGAUGCUUAUGGUUGGAUGUGAACCUAAUACGCAGUGUUGCAACAUACUUCUUCAUGCCUGUGUUGAGGCUUGCCAGUUUGAUAGGGCUUUUCGUCUUUUCCAGUGUUGGAAGGGAAGUGGAUUGCAGAAGGCUUUUGUUAGAACUCACCAUGGCAAGACAGAUGCUCCUGAAAAUUGUAAUACUAGCAUGUCAAAUUGCGAAGUUGGUUCACAUCAUUCAAGAUUUGUGAUGAGAGUUCCCUUCAAACCCACAACUUCUACAUAUAACAUUUUAAUGAAGGCCUGUGGUACUGAUUACUUUCGUGUGAAAUCUCUAAUGGAAGAGAUGAAGACUGUUGGUCUUUCCCCAAAUCAUAUAAGCUGGUCAAUUUUGAUUGACGCUUGUGGAGGCUCAGGAAAUGUAGGGGGUGCCAUGAGGGUUUUGAAAUCUAUGCGUGAAGAUGGUGUGCGUCCUGAUGUUGUUGCGUAUACAACAGCUAUUAAGAUUUGUGUAAAAAGUAGAAAUUUGAAGAUCGCAUUUUCGUUGUAUGAAGAAAUGAAAAGAUAUGAAAUACAACCAAAUCUGGUGACAUAUAAUACACUUUUAAGAGCUCGUAGCAGAUAUGGUUCCCUGCAGGAAGUACAACAAUGCCUGGCUGUAUAUCAGGAUAUGCGGAAAGCAGGGUACAAAUCCAAUGAUUACUAUCUCAAACAACUAAUAGAAGAGUGGUGUGAAGGAGUAAUUCAAGAUAACAAUCAGAACAGAUGCCACUCCAGUUCUUACAACAGAACUGACUUAGGAGGACCUCAGAGUCUGCUUCUUGAGAAAGUUGCAGCACAGCUACAAAAGGGUAAUGCUGAAAGCCUAGCUAUUGAUCUUCAGGGGCUGACAAAGGUUGAAGCUCGUAUUGUUGUUCUCGCAGUUCUGCGGAUGAUCAAAGAGAACUACCCCCUAGGAGAUUCGAUUAAUGAUGACAUGUCCAUCAUCUUAGGAACCCAGGAAGCAGUUGCAGGUACUGGAAAACAUGAAUCCGGGGUAGAAGAUGCUAUAAUCAAACUUUUGCAGGAUGAUUUGGGGCUCGAAGUCCUUCUAUCGAGGCCUAGAAUUGCAGUUAACAGAAAAAUCAAUUUGGGAAACCCUUUUGAUUCAGAUCCAAACUUGAAAGAAAUUCUAGGGAGAAAUGGGUUGCCCAGAGAAUUGAAAUCUUCAACCAGGAGACCUGUGAUUUUAAAGAGAUUAAGGGUCACAAGGAAAUCGUUGUAUAAUUGGUUAAAGAGAAGGACAGGUACUUUUAGAAGUAAAACAAGAUGAAUGUUUCAUGAGUAACAGGUCAAAAUUUUGAUAUGAUUUCUAAUGGGCUUCAUAUUUCCAAUAAUAUUGUUACCAGAGCAGAAUAAAGUGCCCUGUAAUAUGAACUCAUGCCAUGUAUCUGACUGUGAUAUCAAUGUACACUCCCAAAUUUAUGCAAGAUUAUAGAAUAGAGAUAGUUACUACA